AUGUCAUCCACCUUUGCAUAUGACUCCAAGACCAAGAAGGAGCAGCCUCAAUUUGAAUACGAGUUCGGAUCCUCCUACACUCCAAGAGUCUCAUACCAUUUCAAUCCAAAGGUAUCUAACUACCACUAUGGUGUUCGACAUCCAAUGAAGCCAUUCCGUCUCAUGCUUACCGAUCAUCUUGUGUCCUCAUAUGGGCUUCAUAAGAUCAUGGACCUUUAUGAGACUAGAGAAGCUACAAGGGAAGAAAUGUCACAAUUCCACUCUCAGGACUAUAUCGAGUUUUUAUCCAAAGUGACACCAGAAAAUCUAUCUAAGAUGCCCAGGGGUACCCUUGAAAAGUUUAACAUAGGAGAUGAUUGUCCCAUUUUCCAAAAUAUUUAUGAUUACAGCACACUUUACACAGGUGCUUCGUUAGAUGCAUCGAGGAAAUUGAUUAAUGAUCAAUCGGACAUUGCCAUCAAUUGGUCCGGUGGGUUACAUCAUGCCAAGAAGAACAAUCCAUCUGGAUUCUGUUAUGUUAACGAUAUUGUUUUAUCUAUACUGAAUUUACUAAGAUAUCACCCAAGGGUCCUUUACAUUGAUAUUGAUUUACAUCAUGGUGAUGGGGUGCAAGAAGCAUUUUAUACUACAGAUAGGGUAUUUACCAUUUCUUUUCAUAAGUUUAAUGGUGAAUUUUUCCCAGGGACAGGUGAUUUCGAUGAAAUUGGAUGCGCCAAGGGAAAACAUUUCGCUAUGAAUGUCCCAUUAGAAGAUGGAAUUGAUGAUGAUUCCUAUAUUAAUCUAUUUAAAUCGAUUAUUGAUCCACUAAUAACGGCAUAUAAGCCAACAGUCAUUAUUCAACAAUGUGGUGCAGACUCGUUAGGGCAUGACCGUUUAGGUUGUUUUAACUUAAAUAUUAAGGCACACGGUGAAUGUGUAAAAUUUGUUAAAUCAUUCGGUAUUCCCAUGUUAGUGGUAGGUGGUGGUGGUUAUACGCCGAGAAAUGUCUCAAGACUCUGGACAUAUGAGACAGGGGUACUCAAUAAUGUGCUUUUACCAAGUGAAAUACCCGAAGAAAUUCCUUUCAGAGAUUCGUUUGGGCCAGAUUAUUCUUUAUAUCCAGUCCUGGAUGAUCUUUACGAAAAUAAAAAUAGCAAAAAAUUUUUGGAAGAUAUAAGAAUACGAUCUUUAGAAAAUAUAAAAUAUUUACAGGGAGCUCCAAGUGUUAGAAUGGAUGCUGAAUUGAUUCCAACCCAAGAUAUAACCGGACUCACACAGGAGGAGGAAGAAAUACUGAAUGAAUUGAAUCAGGACGAUGCAGAAUGGCGACUGGCCAAGAUUGAAAAAGAAAAUAACAGAAUAAGUGAAAUCAUGUAA